UUUCUUUCUCUAUCCCUCUCAGUUGCUCGGUGGUCAGAUAAUCAGACGGUUUAUAUAGAGAAAGAAAAGAGGGGAGCGAGAAGAGAGAAGAGAGAAGAGAGCAGAGAGAGAAAGCUCAACGAUCAUUCUUUGCCUUCUUCUCUCUCUCUAACUGCGCAAAUUUCUUUUUUUUGAUUUUUAAUAUUCGAUUAUCGAGCAGAAAUUACUCGCCAUGAACGAGAAGGCUAAUGUUUCCAAAGAGCUCAAUGCCAGGCACAGGAAGAUACUGGAAGGACUUCUUAAAUUGCCGGAGAAUAGGGAGUGUGCUGACUGCAAAAGCAAGGGUCCUCGAUGGGGUAGUGUGAAUCUAGGUAUUUUUAUAUGCAUGCAAUGUUCUGGGAUCCACAGAAGUCUUGGGGUGCACAUAUCGAAGGUGAGAUCCGCUACUUUGGACACAUGGCUUCCUGAACAGGUCGCGUUUAUUCAGUCAAUGGGAAAUGAGAAGGCCAAUAGUUAUUGGGAAGCAGAACUACCCCACAAUUAUGAUAGAGUUGGGAUCGAGAAUUUCAUUCGUGCAAAGUACGAAGAGAAGAGAUGGGUGCCAAAGGAUGGAAAACCCAAGUCAACAUCUGGGGGACAAGAAGAAAAGGCUUCUGCGCAGUCGCAAAGAUCCAGUGAUCAAACCGGCCAUGGAUAUGCCAACAGUUAUGAAACUUCGUCUGAUGAAAGGAAGAACCUUCAUGCACCUAGUUCGAAGGAUAGCAUUCCUGCCACAAGAAUUAGCAUUCCUGUGCCUCCAAAAGGACCUGAACCUAUCACUCUUGCUCCAAAGCCUCAACAGGAGAUUCAGAAACCAGAGCCAGCAGUACCGGCCGAAUCCGCAAAGCAGGUUGUGGAAGCUGUCUCUCCUGUUAAAGUUAAUUAUGCUACUGAUCUUUUCAACAUGCUUUCUAUGGAUGAUCCUAGUGAAAAUGGUUCUGUGGCAGCUUCUACCGAUGACGCAUGGGCAGGUUUCCAGUCUGCUGGAGAAGCAUCAACUGCUGAGGAAACUCGUCCAACGAAAUCCAAUGAGAGUGAGACCCAGUCAAAUUCUGGAAUUGAAGAUAUGUUUAAAGAUUUACCAUCAAUUGCACCUCCUACCACAUCAGAGAAUGCUCGGAAAGAUGCUAAAAAUGAUAUAAUGAGCCUCUUUGAUAAGUCCAAUAUGGUGUCACCAUUUUCUCUUCAUCAACAGCAACUUGCUAUGCUGGCACAGCAAAACUCCCUUCUUAUGGCUGCUGCAGCUAAGUCUGCCGGUGGGGUGCCAAAUAUUCUUGGCAGUGCACAAAGGUCCAAUGGUAUGGGCUUACCUGCUCAAAAUUGGCCAAACGUUGGCCACCAGUUUCCUGGGAUGAUGAUGCCAGCAGAUGGAAAGAGUGAACUAGAGAAAUUCAUGCAGAUGGGGAACAUUGGAGCAACACAUCCAAUUGGGGACUCCACUUCUUUUCCUACAUCUAGCAUUUAUGCUAUGGGACAAAAUGCUUCUAGUAAUGGUGUGGCACCAUCUGGAGCUAGUAGACCACUAUCAGCAUCUCCAGUUUCAUCUGCAUCUCCUGUACAGCCGGGAAAAGAUUAUGAUUUCUCCUCACUAACGCAAGGUUUUUUCUCAAAACACUGAGUAGUCUUGAGGGAAGACAUGCUGGCUUAGCCAUUGUAUUCCAAAGAAGUAAUUAACAUGAAAAGUAGCCAUUCGGUGUUUUCGUCCAGAAUCAUGGGGUUGUAAACUAUUUGUAGAGUUAUAGUUUCAGUUGUUCUGUAUCUGGAUGCAGUUAGCAUAUGUAGAGCAAUAAGGUGAGUUUAGAUCGGUUGGAAUCUGAAUUCCCUUUGUGAAUCAGAAUUCUCUCCUCUCUCCCUCUCUCUAAAUGAAUUUUGACAAUAAAGAAAUUUGAAAUUUAACAUCCAGGAUGUGAUUGCGCGUCUUGUUUGCCUUCUGAUCAUGGCAAUUUGUAUUGUUUGCAGAUCAUUG